UUCUCCUCAGAGUAAAGAGACACAAUGACAUGAAAAACCGUAAUGUUCCCUGCAGGACAGUCUUCACUAUCACUGGAUCUCCAGAGCGCUGGGGGAAAAUGACUAGUUUGAGCACAUUUGCUAAGCAUGUUUGGAAACUUUUUGCAACCGAAAGAAAGCCUGGCUGGAAGAAUCUCUUGCAUCUGUUUGCGAUCUGCAGCUCCGUUAGUUUAGUAGCGAAUGUGUUCCUGCUCCUAGCUGGGUAUUCCUUUCUGGUGGACUAUCCACUGUUUUCCUUGGUCACAUCUGCAUUCCUUUGGAUUAUCCUUUCUGUUGGUUUGUGCUCUUCUAGGCACCUGCGCUGCUGUGUCGCUCUCUUCUUCCUUUCCUGUGGUCUGCGUGAAGGAAGGAAUGCCUUAAUUGCAGCUGGGACUGGUGUAGCGGUAGCUGGCAACCUCCAAAGUAUUUUUUACAAUUUAAAGCAGCUAGCAGAUAGUGUGACGUGUAUUCUGGAGUCCCAAUGUUUUCCCUUUCUCAACCACUAUGUUGCAGCCAUUUGGUGGAUUUACCGUCAGCUCAGCUUUUUGGACAACCCGUUUAAAGAUAUCGUGUCAGUCGAGGGGCAGCUGAAUGUGUUUUACUCGGUUUCAGACGAGAACUUGAAAAUGAAACUUAAGCACACAAGGUGGCGCAUCCAGAAUGUUACCAGCCAGAUCUCUUCUGUACUAGCCCUACAACCAUAUGUGGGCAAGAAAGUGCUUCCUCUUCUUGGGAUUGUCUUCAUGGUUCUUGGGACGUAUCUCUUUGUCCGAAAAUUCCUGAACCCCCAAAACGUCAAAUUCAAGAAUACUUAUAUCACAAAAGAGUUUGUUCGAUACAACGAACAACAGUGGCAGCAAAGAAAGCUCUCUGUGUUGCCCCUCAGUAAGGAAGAAAGAAAGAUCUACACAACAGUCCCAUCUUUUCGCCAAACGCCCAAGGAAAGGAAAAGCACGGCACGCUUUUUUCUCCCUGUGCUUGCUAACCUUUGCAUUUGGGUUCUCUUUGCAGCAGUGGAUUAUUUGCUUUACUGGCUGAUUUUUUCCGUGAGCAAGCAUCUGCAAGAUUUCCCUGAGCUAGAGGUCCAUUUGAAAUUGUAUUACCAUAAAAAUGCUGAUAAAUUUAUCUUCAACAAUGGGGAGAUCAUUAACAAUACAACCUCCUUUAAGAUUCCUCUCUUUGAGCAUGCCUGUAUUCCCAAACCGAAAUUUGCCCUUGCUGCCACUUGGAGCCAGCUAGCUAUCAUCGUCUUCUUUUUAGCAGCGCUUGGGCUGUUGGCCUCUACCUUUACGCAGCUUAAGAUACUCGUGAUGACAUCAUUCUUUCCUCAGACAGACAUGAAACGGAUAGAGUAUCUGCAUGCAAAGUUAUUAAAGCGAAGAUCAAAGCUUCCUGAGCCAAACAGGAAAAGGAAACUGAAUUCAUUUGCAACGCUACACUUCUGGUUCCCCAUCGUCCAGGCGAUGAGAAAUGUCCAAAACGCAGGCUCUGAGGUGACAAAGGACAGCUGUGUUUAACAACAUAAAGAAAAUCUUUACAGAAAUUCAUGGU